AUGGCUCCACAGCCUCACUCCGAAGCCUCUGCUGCAGCAGCAGCAGAGGCUCCCGCUGCAGCACCAAUGAAGACAGAGACAGCAGCAGUAGCAGCAAAAGAAGAGAAAGAAGCAGCAGCCGCAGCAGCAGCAGCAGCAGCGAAGGGGGAGAAUGCAGCAGGAGCAGCAAAGGAUGAGAAAGCAGCAGCAGCAGCGCCAGCGAAGGAAGAAAAUGCUGCAGCAGCAGCAGCAACAAAGACAGAAGAGAGCGAGAAGGCUGCAGAUACACCUGCAGGUGAAGCCCUGCCCAGCAGCGACAGCAGCAGCAGCAGCAGCAGCAGCAGCUCUCUUGAGCCUGCGGAAGAAGCAGCUGGUGCAUCAAAAGAAGCAGCAGCAGCAGCAGAAGAAGCAGCAGCAGCAGCAGAAGAAGCAGCAGCAGCAACAGGAGACACAGAAGCAGCAGCAGCAGCAUCUAAAGGAUCAGUAAACUACGCAGAGCAGUAUAUGAAAGCCAUGGGUUUCAGCAGCAGCAGCAGCAGCAGCAGCAGGGGGUUUGAUCUUGCAGCAGCAGCAACAGCAAGAGACCUACCAGACGACAGCAGCGCAGCAGGAGAAAAGACAGGCUUUAAGUUCCCAUCAUAUGCAGAGUUGCUGCAGCAAGAGAAAGAAGAAAAAGAUAAAGAAGACAAAGAUAAAGCAGACAAAGACAUACAAAACGAUCUACCCGACUCUCGCUUAGAUGAGACAUUUGCUGUGUUCAUGGAGGAGUUAGGGCGCAUUCCGUCCUCAAACCCUAAAACUCGUCGUGCUGCUGCUGCAGCAGCUUUGAAUGGAGAGACACCGGAAGCAGCAGCAGCAGGGAGAGCAGCAAAAGUAGUUGUUGCUGCCUUCGGAGAUGCAGCAACAGAAUGUGUGCGGCUAACAUCGCAGGUGUUUCUUUCACCCUUUCAGGUGCUGCUGCUGACGCCUGAUGCUUCAGAAGAAGAUAUUAAAAAACAAUAUCGAAAGCUCUCUUUAAUAAUUCACCCAGACAAAUGCAAGCAUGAACUCGCCCAAGAAGCAUUUCAAGUAUUAAACAAGGCUUAUGAGAAAGCACAAGAAGAAGGGGUUAGGCUUCGCUAUGCAGGGGUUAUUGAAGAAGCAAAGAAAAGAGUUCUUAAAGCAAGAGUUCAUGAAAAUAAACAAAGAAGACAGGCUGGCGAGAAGCUGCUGCCUGAGACUGAAGAAGCACUACGCAGUCAGAUUUUAGACUGCUGCGAGUUAAUCUUAAAAGAAGUCGAAGAAAAAAAAAAUUAUGCGGCGAAGUGCAAAGCAGCAAACGAGCAGUAUGAACGAGAUAAAGAAGACAAGUUGAUUGAAGAAGAAAAAGAAAAGUGUAGAGAGAGAAAUGAAUGGGUUAAAAAGAGAGAAGAACGCGUAGGCAGUUGGCGCGAGUAUCAGGAGAGUUUAAAGAAGAAAGAAAUAGAGCACAGAGCCUUCACUGGGCUUCGACAUGUGCGAGAAGAACGCCGAGAAGACGACAUCAUUAAAAAGCGGCAGAAAGUGCAGGGCAUAGACAACUCCUACAAACUCAACUGGAGAUAA